AUGUUAUCUGUUCUGGAUGUGAAGAUAUUUGCUGGGGCAGUAGGCGAGGUCGGAGAUAGUGGCUUAGGUCACGUGGGACAUCCUGUGGAAAUAGCUACAGAGACUGAUGUACUUUAUCUUCCUGUUACAGCAAAUGUCCUUUUGAAUCACACCCGUGUUUACUAAGAAAUAAGGUCAGUUGAGAUAAAUGCUUAAGUAAACAAGGCUUAGUGUGGCAUCUUGUUUGGGAAAACGAAACUGUGAAAUAUGUUACAGGUAAGGAAUACAAGGGGAAUGCCGCUCUUAAUAAAGUUCGGCUUCGUUUCUAAGUAUUGUCGAAAUCGACUGUUUUAGUAGUCUUAAUUUGAGGAUAUUUACUGUUAAGGUCUUCCCUUGACUAGUGCUACCCAUCAUGACUACGUACGAGUGUGAAAUCCGAUAUGGUGACAACAAGGAGGGCCUGGCGCAAGGAACGCAUCGCGUACCCAGUAGGCUGCCAUCUAGAGACCCCACACGGCCCCGUAAAGAAGGAGACUACGCUGUGAGAAAUACGUCUGUUCGAUGUAUC